AUGGCGGCAAAACCCAGCGCCGGCCCCGAGGGGGAGAAACGGAUCAUGUGCGUGGGGCUGGUGUGUCUGGACAUCAUCAGUGUGGUGGAGGCCUAUCCGGCCGAGGACUCCGAUAGUAGGUGCUUAUCACAGCGGUGGCAGCGGGGCGGGAACGCCUCCAACUCCUGCACGGUGCUGGCGCUGCUGGGAGCCCCCUGCUCCUUCAUGGGCUCGCUGGCCCCCGGGCACGCCGCCGAUUUCAUUGUGGCGGAUUUCCGGCGCCGGGGUGUGGAUGUGACGCACGUGGCCUGGCAGCCCCGUGGGGACGUGCCCUGCGCCUGCUGCGUUAUCAGUGCUGCCAGCGGCUCCCGGACCAUUGUGCUCUAUGACACGAACUUGCCCGAUGUGACAGCUCAUGACUUCGAGCGGGUUGACCUCUCCCAGUACAAGUGGAUCCACUGGGAGGCCCGGAAUGCCGCAGAACAGGUGGCAAUGAUACGGCGAGUGGAACAGUACAACCAGUCGCGGCCCGCAGCGGAGAGAGUCCGAAUCUCGGUGGAAGUGGAGAAGCCACGGCAGGAGCUGCUGCAGCUGAUGGGCCUGGGGCACGUGGUAUUCAUCAGCAAGGACCUGGCCCAGCAUUUGGGGUACCAGUCAGCCCCUGAGGCACUACAGGGGUUGCGCAGCCGUGUACAGCCAGGGGCCUUGCUGAUCUGUGCCUGGGCCGAGAAAGGGGCUGAUGCUAUGGGACCCAAUGGAGAGCUGGUGCACUCAGAUGCAUUCCCCCCAGAGACUCUUGUGGACACACUGGGAGCCGGGGACACCUUCAAUGCUGCCAUGAUCUUCGCACUUUCAGCAGGAAAGAGCCUGCAGGAUGCCCUCACCUUUGGCUGCCAGAUCGCAGGCAGGAAAUGUGGGAUCCAGGGCUUUGACAGCAUCGUCUGA